ACGCUUGUAGGACAGCCGCGAGGUUAUGUUUACUGCAUAAUUUUGUCGAGUCAGAAUUCAGUCGGUAUCUAAUUUAGGACAAAACUUGCUCAAUCAUUUAAAAGUUGCAAAGAAAGUUAAACAAAAUGUUGGUGACGCUGAAGACACUACAACAACAAACUUUUCAAAUAGAAAUCGAUCCAGAAGAAACGGUUAAAGCACUCAAGCUGAAAAUUGAAGUUGAGAAAGGUAAAGAUUAUGUUGCUGAUCAUCAAAGACUAAUUUAUGCGGGCAAAAUCUUGUUAGAUGACGAUAAAUUACGUACGUACAACAUAGACGAAAAGAAAUUCAUUGUUAUCAUGGUGACUAAACCAAAAUCAGCGGAGACUCCGGCAUCGACUACUUCUGCCCCAGAAGCUGGUGAAAGUGCUUCGACUGAAAGCGGCGAUGGUAAAGCCAAACCCACUCCUGAAGAAGCACCUAAACCGCCUCCAGCGGCGGAACCCGAGGCACCAGUUGCAACCAGUAAUGAACUUGACUUUGAAGCUACAGUGCAGAGCAUUAUGGAUAUGGGAUAUAAUAGACAGCAAGUAGAACAAGCUCUUCGGGCUUCAUUUAAUAACCGCGAAAGAGCUGUGGAAUAUUUAAUAACAGGUAUACCAGAAGAACUGCUUCAAGAACAAGAGGCUGAAGAGGGUUCAGAUGAUGACCCCUUGGCAUUCCUCCGUGAUCAGCCUCAAUUUCAACAAAUGCGUGCUGUUAUUCAGCAAAACCCUACUUUAUUAAAUGCUGUACUUCAGCAAAUUGGUCAAACAAACCCAGCAUUAUUGCAGGCAAUUAGUCAACAUCAGCAAGCUUUUGUCAGAAUGUUGAAUGAACCAGUCAAUCCAACAUCAGGUGGUGCAGCAGUUGAAGAGAAUGCAAUUGAACUACCACAGGCGCAGCAUCCACAAGUCUCACCCCAAGACAAAGAGGCCAUUGAAAGAUUAAAAGCAUUAGGCUUUCCUGAGCAUAUGGUCAUUCAAGCAUAUUUUGCUUGUGAAAAGAAUGAAAAUCUUGCUGCUAAUUUCUUACUUUCACAAAAUUUUGAUGAUUAGAAUUAUCUUUCCUGGAUAACAUGAUUAAAGUGAAGAGACAAAAUUAAAAGAAGAUAACACUGAAGUGUAUUCAAUAUGUUAUCUACAUCAAUAGCCUAACAAUAGUGUUUACUGCUUGUAUUUCAGUGUAUUAUUUACACUGAAUUUCAAACAUUUUGUCAUAAUUCAAUAUCUAAUAAAUUUCUUAUUGUUCAAAUAUUUAAAA